UUACUACGCAACAAGUCUCACAAAGUAUCAAAUUAGCCUCAAUUAUUACAACAAAAAAACAAAUUCAAUCCAUUUUUUUCUCCUUUGUUAUAAAUCGAUCCAAUUUCGUAAGAAACAAACAAACAAAAACCAUUUUUUUCGAUUAUAGGAAAUGUCUGAAUCGUCGAACGUCUCGGCGCCGCUGCUGCGGUCGUUGCAAGGGUCGUCGGAGGCGGAGAAUUCACCAAGGAUGCCACAAUCAACGGCGUUAGCCCUUCUUCUAGGCCGAGCUGCCGGCCGCCGUGGUCCGUCGAUGUUAGUCCGAGAGACGGCGGCGCGUGAGCUCGAGGAGCGUCGAGCUGAUUGGGGGUAUUCCAAGCCAGUUGUUGCUCUUGAUAUGUUGUGGAAUAUGGUGUUUGUUGUUGCUUCAUUUGUGAUGCUGAUUUUUACUUUUGAUGAAAACCCUAAUGUUCCGAUUAGGGUUUGGAUCUGUGGGUAUGCUGUGCAGUGUUUGGUUCAUGUUUUGUUGGUGUGGAUGGAGUAUCGGAGGCGGAGGAGGAGUGGAAGUUUGAGUGUCCGUCGUGGUAGGGAUGAUGAUGUCGAUGUUGAGGCGGGCGAGGGGGGUGAGUUUAGGGGGAGGUAUGAUUUGGAUGGUAAUGAUAGUGAUGGGGAUGAUGAUGGAGUUAUGUUUGGGGGUUCUGCUCAGUCAAGUUUCUCCAAAAAAUGCGAAUCUGUGAACACAAUGGCAUCAUUUCUUUGGUGGAUUGUUGGCUUUUAUUGGGUGGUUUCUGGUGGGGAGCAGCUACUGCAAGAUGCCCCACGGUUGUAUUGGUUGACUGUUGUUUAUCUGGCAUUUGAUGUUUUCUUCGCCAUAUUCUGUGUUGUGCUGGCCUGUUUAAUAGGGAUCGCCCUAUGUUGCUGUCUUCCAUGCAUUAUAGCAAUUCUUUAUACAGUUGCUGGACAUGAAGGUGCCUCUGAGGCAGAUCUUAGUGUGCUUCCAAAAUACAAAUUUCAGGCAUCAGCUAAUGAUGAAAAGCUUGAUGUGCGUGCUGGAGUGAUGGUUCCAAUGGAGUCUAGUAGUGGAUACUUGGCGACUGAACGUGUUCUUUUACCUGAAGAUGCAGAGUGCUGUAUCUGUCUCAGUUCAUAUGAUGAUGGAGCGGAGCUGAAUGCUCUUCCUUGCAACCAUCAUUUCCAUGCACCAUGCAUUGUGAAGUGGCUUAAGAUGAAUGCAACAUGCCCCCUUUGCAAAUACAACAUCGUCAAAUGAUAGUACAUCUCUGAACAUACGAAGGAAACUGUUUAGCUCUCAAUUGGCUUUCUAUUUGUACAGAUUUGAAAGGGAAGGAAAAUAGUUCCAAGCGUGUGAUGGUCAUCAUUUUGGUCCUUGAUUUGCUGCCUUUUCAAAUUGCUUGCAGCUAUCAUUCUUUUAUAGAUGCUUCUUCCUGCUGGAUUGACCAGCCUGAUAAAUUCAAAUCAAGUUAACGCUUGAAUGGAUGAAAGAUCUUCUACUUAGCUAUGUAUAUCGUUUGAUUAUACUUUUGAUUGUAAUUAUAGAGGUACCAAAAUUUCACGCAAAGAUUUUAGUGCUGUAAGUCUUAUGAUCAUUGUGUGAUUUAUGUAAUCAGUUUAUACGGACCCGUAAAAAAAAUUUAUUUCUGCUGUUUUGUUGAAUAAUAUUUUGUUCUAGAAAUUAGAAGAAAGAGUUGUUUC